ACGGCGACCAAUCUCUUCUUCCUCUCAUCAUCCAUCUCGACAACCCCCCACCAUCAACAAACCACCAAUUUGCCUUUUAUCGGCGUGCGCAAGAACUGUGUCUUGCUGGUUGAUAAUUUUAACCUUUUUUCCUUUUUUCGGCAUUUCAAGCACGACUUGAACCUUUCGUUGCCAGUGAUACCCUAUCAGUGAAUCCAGCGCUAUCAUCCUUCACCUUUCAGUUGCAUUGAGACCCAACUGAAGCCUUUCUCCUCGCCCACGCAUAUCUCAAAGUCCCUCUUAAAACAACCGUAUUCUGCAUGGCCACUUCCACUUCCCGAGCUCCCAAUCUGGGAAGCUACACGUUUAAAUGGUCCCACCCUGCCCAAGUGGUCUAUGUUACUGGCACUUUCGAUAACUGGUCAAAGAGCGUCAAGCUCGAGAAGAACGACGCUGGCGUUUUCGAGAAGACUGUGAACCUUCCAAAAGGCCAAAAGAUCUACUACAAGUUCGUUGUAGAUGGCGUCUGGACUACAGACCACACUGCCCCUCAUGAGACCGACCCUCACAGUAACCUCAACAGUGUGCUUCUGCCCGAGCAACUCGAUGCUCCUAAGAAAGGAGCCAUCUCGUCCGCUGCCCCCGGUUCUACGACUGCAGAGCUUGCCAAGGGUGUGCCGCUCGAAAAGCCCACCCCUGGUGCUGAAAUUCCUGGCUUUUUCCCUGAGACACCUGUAAAUGAGGCUUCUGACUUCUCCGUGAAGCCCAUUCCUGCAACUGAAGGUGCUGGCAACCCGGUCAAGCUUGCCCCUGGGGAGAAGGUGCCCGAUCCGUCCACCUUGACUUCCAACACAGUAUCCUCUACUGCGCAUGACGACCCGGCUCUCAAGGCCAGCGCUGAGGGUGCCCAGCAAACUUUUGGUGUCGCUCCUCUUCCCGCAACCGCAGGCGCUGGAAACCCUAUUCACCUCCAGCCCGGCGAGAAAGUUCCCAAACCCAGCGAGUUCACCACCUCCACCGUCAACUCGACCGUUACUACGGAUAAGGAGUCCUAUGACAAGGCCGGAGCUGCACCGCCGCAGCUGCCCAUGCCCGUCACCCCUCAAGCCGAGCGCGAGAGGAAUGGUGACGGUGUUUUUGGAGCUGGCAUGUUUGGUGUUCCUCCUGUAACCAAUGCUACGAUCCCGGAGUCGAGCCUUCCCAUGGGCAGCGAAGCGCCCGAGGCCGAAAAGGAUCCCGGUGUCACCAUCCAGUCCGCCGCGCCUGAGAGCACUACUGCCGCACUUGCCGCCGCCGUUCCCCUGGAGCCGAAGCACACCGGCCCUCAGCUGCCUGAGGUCGUCAAGGAAAGCCAAGAGAAGGCCGAUGUUACGACCGAAGCAAGCGGCUCCCCCGAGGCUGUCGCAAACAAGGCAGCGGUGGAAGAGCAGCUUCAAUCUGCGAUCCCCGCCGAGCCUGCUACAACUGAGACUGCCGCGCCUGCUGCCACCGCUGUGCCUCAGGUUGUAAAGGAGAGCCAAGAGAAGGCUCAUGCCGCUCCUGAAGCUAGCAGCUCUGCUGAUGUCAUCGCUGAGAAGGCCCAGGUGGAGAAGGAAUUGCAGAAGGAGGUCCCGGUUGAGCCGGCCACGACAGAAGGAACCGCGGCAACGACUGAGACGAGCACCGCGGCUAAACCCCCCACUGCUGCCGUAGUUCCCGAGGUGGUGAAGGAGAGCCGGAAGGAAGCUCACUGGGCUCCGGAAGCUAGCGGUUCUCCUAACGCUGUUGCUGAGAAAGCUAUCAUGGAGGAGGAGCUGGAGAAGGAGGUCCCUGAGCAGCCCUCAACCACCGAGGAGGCUUCUUUGCCUACCGCUCCCGAAGUUCCUGAGAUUGUUGCCGAGAGCCAACAGAAGGCUCACGUUGCUCCCGAGGCCGCUGCUUCGGCUGCAGCCGUUGCCGACAAGACCAAGAUGGAAUCUGAACUGCAGAGCGAGGUGUCCAAGGAGCCUGUCACUUCGGGCGAAUCGAUUCUUCCUUCCGCCCAGGAAGCAACUGAGACUGUAGGACUUGUUGCAGGCGCUGCUGUUGCGGGUGCCGCGACGGCAGGCGCAGCCAUUGCCGCCGCUGCCAGUUCCGCCAAGGAUAAGGCCGUCGAAGUCACCAACUCUGUCUCUAAUACUGAUGCUGCCCCGACCGCCGCUGCCCCAGAGACCCCCGCUACUCAGGCGACUACUGCCACCGUACCGGAGGUCGUGAAGGAAUCCUUUGCCGAGUCUCACCAGAGCCCCGAGGCCGCUGCCAACAGAGAGGCCGUUAUCGAAAAGAAGGAAAUGGAGUCGGAGCUACUCCAUGAGAUCAAGCCUGAGGAGGGUGCUGGUCAGCCUGCGCCUACUGCUAGCGCUGCAUUGGCUGAAACUGCGCCCGGCGCGACCGUUCCUAUUGACCUCACCUCCACCCCCGCCUCCCCACCAAAGACUGACGGCCUCGCGGCUGGUGCUACCGCUCCCGCUGUGACACCUGCUACUCAGGCUGCCUUGGACACCAUUGGUAAGGCCGAAGAGUCUUCCGCUCCCGAGACGUCUCAGCAGACGGAGCCCGUUGUGACUACUGGUGUCGCUGAUGCCAAGACGGACGAGGUGACCGAAGCCGCCGAGGAGACACCCAAGGCAGUUGAGGAGCCCGCAACGACUACUCAGACCGAGCCAGUUGUCAAUACCGGUGUCGCCGACGCCAAGGCUCCUGAGGUCUCUGAACCCGUCAAGCCCGAGCCCGUCACCGCUGAAGCAGCUCCUAAGGAGUCGCCGGCUCCCGCUCCUGCAGCUGCCACUGAGGCUCAGACGCAGCCAACCGUUACCACCGGUGUCGCAGAGGCCAAGGCUCCUGAGAUCUCUAAGCCCGUCGAGGAGCAGAAGCCCGCGGCGCCCGCAACUACCGCCGCUGCUUCAUCCAAGCCCGCCCCCUCAAGUGGCCGUACGAGCGAGAGCGGCACGAGCGGGGCCGUCACUGACGCCAAGAAGAAGCGCCGCAGCUUCUUUGGCAAGAUCAAGGAGAAGCUGUUCCACAAGGACUAAAAUGCAUUGGAGAUUUGUGGAUUUGAGGAAAGGACAAUGAGAAUUUACAUGGGCGAAGCCGUAGCGGAAAAGCGUUGCGUGCGGUUUAUUUGGGAUGAGCAGAUUGGGGUCUGAAACGUAAUGUUAAUAAGCUUCUUGUUUUCUUUUUUUUUUUUUUCUUUUUCUUUUUUCCCC